AUGUCACUCGUCGCAGGACCCGGGGUAGGAGGAUCACACUCGGUCUUGCCGACCGAUCUCAGCCUGGUGGUGGAAAAGCAUGUCAAAUACAUCCAACUGUUGGAUACUCGAAAAGAUGAACUCGACUACUGGUUGACCGAACACCUAAGGUUGAAUGGCGUAUACUGGGGCCUGACGGCACUUCAUCUCCUGGGCCAUCCAGAUGCAUUACCUCGUGACAAAACGCUACAGUUCGUCUUCGCUUGCCAGAACCCGGAUGGGGGUUUUGGUGCUGCUCCUGGCCACGAUUCCCACAUGCUGUACACCGUCAGCGCCGUCCAGAUUCUUGCCACAAUCAAUGCGCUGGACGACUUGGACAUGCCGGAGAGAGGAGGAAAGGAACGGACGGCAAAAUAUAUCGCAAACCUUCAGAACGCCGACACGGGUACUUUUGCCGGAGAUGAGUGGGGUGAGACAGACACGCGCUUCCUCUACGGUGCCUUCAACGCCCUCUCCAUCCUAGACAUGAUGCACCUCGUCGAUGUAGACAAGGCCGUCUCCCACAUUCAAGCCUGUGCAAAUUUCGACGGAGGGUUUGGCCGCUCGCCAGGCGCCGAGUCUCAUUCCGGCCAGAUCUUCACUUGCCUCGGGGCUUUGACUAUCGCUCGCCGACUGGACAUUGUGGAUCAUGAUCGGUUGGCUGCUUGGUUAAGUGAAAGGCAACUUCCCAACGGCGGGCUCAAUGGCCGCCCAGAAAAACUUGAAGAUGUGUGCUAUAGCUGGUGGGUUCUCAGCAGCAUCGCAAUGUUACGAAAACUGCACUGGAUCGAUGCUACCGAAUUGAUCAAGUUUAUUCUCAGAUGUCAAGACGCCGACCAAGGAGGAUUUGCGGACAGACCUGGCGACAUGGUGGAUGUCUUCCAUACCGUGUUCGGCCUCGCAGGAUUGAGUUUGCUGGGUUAUCCAGGCCUUGUCGAGGUUGACCCCGUAUACUGCAUGCCCCGGGCAGUCACCAAAGCCUUGCCAUACUGGCAAACAUGA